UGUAACUCACAAGAUGGCGGCCAUACGCGGUUCUUUCAAGCUUCUUCGACCAUGGCUUAUAAUGCUUUUGAUGGUGCUUGUCGUAUUCAUUAACUACAUUACGGCAAGUCAGAAAGUACCUGAACCAGCAAGUGACUCUUCCAAUGACUUUGCGGAGUUUGAACAAGAAGGAGACGACGACGAAGAAGAAGCCCCGGCAGAAGGUGAUGGAGAUACGCCUGAAGUACCAACUACUGCUGCUCCUSCUCAGCCAGAACAAGUCCAAGAAGAAGAGAAAGAUGAAGAUGAUGGAACUGUAGAGACUGAUGAAUCUGAAGGUGAAGAAGAAUAUGAUCACUUCACUGAUGAAGAGGAAUUUGAGGGAUAUAAUAAAGAAAAAGUUUCCAAGGGGAAACAAGGUGCAAACCAAGACCUGAAAAUUGAAAAGGUCCCUCUGCACUUGAGAGCAAACUGGGAAGGAUUUUAUGCCGARAUACUCACAUUAGCAGGAUUAGUAGCCUAUGCUCUCAAUUUCUUUGCUGGAAGAACUAAAAAUUCAAAACUGGCCACUGCAUGGUUCAAGGCCAAUAAAGAACUUUUGGAAAGUAAUUUCCAUGUUGUAGGUGAUGAUGGUGCUCUAGAAGAGCCACAACAAGGCAUUCUAGUCAAAGAAAGUGAAUCACUUUAUACAUUAUGGUGUUCAGGAAGAGCUGGUUGUAAUGGGAUGCUGGUAGAACUUAAGUUACAGAAAAGACAUGAUCUUGUUAAUGUCAUGUCACAUCUUGUCAAACCAGUCAAGGAUACAGUUACCAUUACUGUUCACAUGACUGAUGAGGAAAUGGAUAACUUUGUUCUUGCMAUUGUGCCUAAAAAGACAGCAACAAAAAUGCAGAAGGAGCUAGUAGACCUAAAUUUUUUUUGUCCAGACAAGAAGAGUGGAAACAAGUUUAAUUUACCUAACUCUCUUGUUGUCCUUACUGAAUCUAAUGAAGCAGCUAAUGUACUAUUAUCACAACAGGUGACAAAAAUGAUAUGCACCCAUGAAAAUAUGUUUGAGUCUAUGAUGUUCUCAGAUCAGUACGUAGGACCUAAACAAGAAGAUGAGGAGCAAGGAACUGCUAAGCCUGUCAAGCCUAAGAAAGUGUUAAUUUUCAACUUCACAGUUGCUACUAAGGGUAAUAACACCAAGGCUCAAGAUAUGGCUAAACUAGAACCAAUGAUGAGGCUGGUCCUCUUUUGUAUUGAUAGAGUACGCAAAUUUAGGCUUGGUAAAGAUGCCAAGGCAAAAUCUGAUAAAAAUAGACGUGAAUUAGAGGAGAGUCUUUUAAAACAGACACAUGCUCAAAGACAAGAGGCUGCACAGCUUCGACGUGAAGARAAACGUCGAGAAGACAAGGARCGAAUGAUGCAAGAAGAAGACCCCGACAGGCAACGACGUCUAGAGGCACUAGAGAACAAGAAAGACGCCAAGAGAAGAAAUCCAUACAAGAUUAAGCAAAUCAAAGCUCGAGCCUAGURCUUUUUUGUGCAGUGGUCAUAUGUGCAACAUCAAAUUCUCGUUUCUCUUCCUSUUUUUACGAUGGAUAUAUGUGACUUUUUUUAAUGGAAUGUCUGUGGGGAAAUCAGCUUCUGUUCUUGAUGUUGUAUUUCAUGCAUUCGUAUUUUUUAAAUUUAAGCUUAUGUUGCUCUUUCUUUCUUGACAAUGUUCUUGACCAAUGUCACAAUUUUCCAUACGUUUAAGUGUCUUAACGGCGGCAAAACCUAAUUGAAAGAGAGAAUAAAAUGGCAAAGAGGGAAAGACAAACUGUUUCAUGAAUCGAAAGUAUUGCGAGAAUGACGAAUAGUUCAUAUGUACAACUUGAACUAGGUUUCACGAAUAAAAAUUAAUCUGUA